UCCCCCCCACCCAUGUCAUUUACUUCUUCAGACUUGUCUGUUGUCCCAGUAGAAACACACACACUUGUAAUUGCAUUCGCUGGAUAUCUGCUCCACUUUAUCGACCCCUUCUGCCCGGUUCAAAAUGGCGGUGAACAUGGCGCCGAUGCGAGACACGAAGUGGCUGACGUUAGAGGUCUGUCGGGAAUUUCAGAGAGGAACGUGUUCGCGACCAGACAGCGAGUGCAAGUUCGCUCACCCUGCCAAGAGCUGUCAAGUGGAAAACGGCAGAGUCAUUGCCUGUUUUGACUCACUCAAGGGCCGCUGUUCCAGGGAGAACUGUAAGUACCUCCAUCCUCCUCCUCACCUAAAGACCCAGCUGGAGAUCAAUGGAAGGAACAACCUCAUCCAGCAGAAGAACAUGGCGAUGCUGGCCCAGCAGAUGCACCUCGCGAAUGCAAUGAUGCCCGGCACACAGCUACAGCAAGUGCCCAUGUUUUCAGUCACACCCGGCCUUGCAACCAACGCCAAUGCGGCGUUUAACCCCUACCUGGGCCCUGUGUCGCCCGGCCUGAUGCCCGCCGACAUCAUGUCCAGUGGUCCCGUACUGGUCACCAGCAACCACAGCGUCCCAGUUGCUGCUGCCGCCGCCGCACAGAAGCUCAUGAGAACAGACAGACUGGAGGUGUGUCGGGAAUACCAGCGGGGGAACUGCACACGCGGGGAGAACGACUGCCGCUUCGCCCACCCGUCAGACAGCACUAUGAUCGACACCAAUGACAACACAGUCACUGUGUGCAUGGACUACAUAAAGGGCCGCUGCACGAGGGAGAAGUGCAAGUACUUCCACCCUCCGGCUCACCUGCAGGCCAAGAUUAAAGCCGCCCAACACCAAGUCAACCAGGCUGCGGCCGCUGCAGCCAUGGCCACAGCCAGUAGCUGUAAUGAGUCGGCUGUCAAAUCACUGAAGCGACCCCUCGACGCAACUUUUGACCUGGGACUCCCUCCCGUUUUGCCUCCUUUACCAAAGAGACCUGCACUUGAAAAAGCCAACGGUGCCACCACUAUGUUCAACGCUGGCGUGUUCCAGUACCAACAGGCCCUGGCCAACAUGCAGUUUCAGCAGCAGGCUGCCUUCAUACCGUCAGGCUCGAUAUUUUGCAUGACACCUGCAACAAGUAUUGUACCCAUGAUGCACGGUGCUACUCAAGCCACUUUGUCUGGAGCCAACACAUCUGCCACAAGUGUUCCCUUUGCAACCGCAACAGCCAAUCAGAUUCCAAUAAUAUCUGCCGAGCAUCUGACUAGUCACAAGUAUGUGACCCAGAUGUAGGAGUCUCAAUCAGAACAAUGGAACGGGAGCGUGCUGGCGUGGAUUCCGAGAUGAGCAGUCACCCUUCAUGCCUGCAACAUCAAGCGAAGAGGAACCAGAACCCGGCCUGGUUUGGAAUAAAUCUGCAUGUUAACAUAGGAGACACAGUUUUGUCAGGAUCGUUUUUCUUGUGUAUUUCAUGCACACUAUUACACGACAACAACAGAACAGAACAUAAUUUGCAUUACAGACUGCCUUUCGCUCUGUCGAGGCCACUUACCUUUAUUCACCGGACACACUUUGAAUGUGAAAAUGAGGUAAACGCGUGGAGCAGUCGAGAGGAAAAACAAUCGACUGUUGUAUCGGUACGUCCAUUGAACAAGAAUCAUUACUUAUGGUGUUUGUUUAGCUCAUCGAUUGUUGGUCUUUGACUCAAACGUGUUCAU